AUGCCCCCAGUACGUACGCAGGAUGACCCCUUCAUUCACUGGAAGGUGGACAUCGGACGCGCAGAAGCGGCUGAGGCCUCUCUGACAACUUCAACUUCAACAGUACGCACGCAGGGUGACCCCUUCGUUCACUGGAAGGUGGAUUUCGAACGCGCAGAAGCGGCUAAGGCUUCCCGGCAACAAAGGCAAAAAUAUGUUACCAGCGCCAUGACUACCAUGGCCUCUACUAUUAGUGCUGCCCCAGAGAACGGGAGUCACACAUUAGAAGGCCUUGUCAGCACGUUCCACCACUACGUCCCCCCCACGGUCCCCACAACAGGUCAAGUCUCUUUUCCUCUUCCUCAGCCUUGCGUCCAAUUGUCUUCCUUCCAGGCGCCUUGGCAAGCGCCUCUCACCCUGCUGCCCUUUCAACCACCACUCGCUCCGCCAUUGUCACCAUCACCCCAAUCACUUCCAUCGCCAUUAUCGCCCAUACCGUCCCCAUCGCCCAUACUGCCCCCAUCGCCCAUACUGCUCCCAUACGAGUCACCCCCAUCGCCCAUACUGUCCCCAUCACCCUCAUGGCCCAUACUGCCCCCACCGCCUCCAUCUUCUCCAUAUCAGACCAUGUGGCAAGAUCCAGAGACAACACCAGCGCGCUUAGGGUCAGCCGCCAUCUGGCAGUGGGCACCCGAGCCAGCCUUUGGUUGCGAAUUCGACUUGGAAGAGUUGAUAGCAAAGUUGAAUCUUGUGUGGGACGGGCAGAAUCAGACAUUCUGGGAGCAAUUUACUCAAGAUGUAGUAGAAGUGUGA